GGCUGACAAUACAAACUUAUUUGAUGGCAUGGAAACAAUAUCCAAAACAAACUCACCUGUGUCGUUUAUAAGAGCAUAUCCGCGCUCCGGUGGCACAACUAGAGACGUUUUACAAGAAGAAACAGCUAGGAGCAACAGAUAUACUUAUUUGCUGUCACCAAACCAGUGCACUUGAAGAAAAAGAUAGAAAGAGCACAAGAGAAUAGCUCCAAGUUUGCUAACCGUGCACUACAAACAUGAUGAAGGUCCUGUUAUUGACGCUCUGUGUCGUCCUUCUCACCCGUGACGUCAGGUCACAAUCUUCCAGUGAUUCUUCUUCUGCUGCUGCCUCUGCAAGUUCUAACAGCGCCGCCGCAUCAUCUUCAGCAGCCGCAUCAUCUUCAGCAGCCGCAUCAAGUGCGUCCGCCGCCGCCUCCUCUGCCGCCGCUUCCUCCUCGGCGGCCGCUUCGUCAUCUGCUGCUGCCGCCUCCUCAUCAGCUGCAGCUUCAUCGUCAGCAGUCGCAGCAUCCAGCGCUGGCGCAUCCUCAUCCGCGAAUGCCGCAGCGACGUCCUCAGCCAGUGCUGCUGCAGCCACUACAUCAGCUGCUGCUGCAUCAUCAGCGGGCGGUGGUGCUGCUACCACCGUGACCAAUACGGCCACCUCUGCUGCCAGUUCAUCGAGCUCAUCUGCCUCUUCUUCUGGAGGUGUUAGCUGUAAAUCCUGCGACCCAGGCACUGGAGUGGACUGUAAAGUGGAAGCUAACCAAAACACCACUACGUGUGCAAGCAGUGACUGCUUUUUCGUUCACUAUUACACGAGUAACGGCACAGACGGAUAUGCCUUUGGCUGCGCCGAUGAUGUCAAGACUUACAUGGGACUGACCACGAGAGCAACCUGCAGCGAUUACACGACUACAAGCGGUAUGUCCGUGUCCACGGCCGGCGCGGCGAUCUGCCGUUUUAACGCCAAAUGCUGCUCUACCGCCAACUGCAACGCCGCAGAAGAUCUCGGCAGCAACUCCUGCUCAGACACUAAAUCAUCCUGUGCAGACUGGAAAAACAAGCAAUUGCAGUCUCCAAGUGGUACCUAUAUUGUGGACCCCGACGGCCCCGGAGGGGUGACACCUUUUCCAGUGGAAUGCGACAUGAUAACCACGCCACCUACAGUCAGGGUGAACCACAACCAAAUCACUAGGAAGCACAUUGUAGGAUAUGAAGAUCCAAAUUUUUACGAACAUCAGCUCGUUUACAACGGCGAACCCUGCAACUGUGACGCCAACGAUAACCGUUGGAGAACAGAUGAAGGAUACUUGACAGCAAAAGAGCAUCUUCCCAUCUCUGCUGUCAUGAUCGGGGACACAGGGAAAAGCGUCGAGCAGGUGUACAUUACCGUGGGACCUUUGGAGUGCACACCUUAA